GCAAUUUUUAAGUGAGGGGGUGUAAUGAGACCUGAAGUGAGGGGAGGGGAAGAAAGGGCGAAGGUGGAUGGAUGGUUGCGGCGCCUGAGUUGAGCCACGCCGUCAAGAUUCAAUUUGUGUAUGCUAUUUCUUCUUAACCUCAAAUCCCUUUCUUCUCCUUCACCUAGAUUCCUACUUCUUCUUCUGUAGAGCCGCCAUUUUCAUGUAUCCAUGUAUGGUGUAGCUUCUCUACUCAAUGACCCUCUGCUUUUGCGUUAGAGCUUCAAAAGCUAUUGCUACCACCACUGCUAUUUACCCUUUUUGUUUCAAGGUACGCCAUCUCUUUCCCUUCUCUUCAUUCCUCCAUUCCUGCACUUUAAACAACGCUAUUGCAACGCUCUCGGAAACCCAUUAUAGAGAUCUUAUCUUUGAUACCAUUAAAGAAAAGCCUUGGGCUUUUUGCAACAAUAACUGGGUCUCUGAUCAAUUUGGUGCUGUGAUCACCGACCCUCAUUUGUUAAUUCGAGUCCUUCAUUCCAUUCGAAUUAGACCUAGAGUUGCCUUGCGUUUCUUCCGAUGGGUAAUGGCUCAACCCGAUUUUAAGGGGUCGGAAUUUGUGUUUUGUGCUAUUCUUGAUAUUCUUGUUCAGAAUAAUUUGAUGAGGUCUGCGUAUUGGGUGAUGGAGAGGGUGGUUAGCAUUGAAAUGCACGGAGUUGUCGAUCUUUUAAUAGCUGGGCAUAUUUGUUUAAAAGCUUCAAUUAAGCUUCUUGAUAUUCUGUUGUGGAUAUACACGAAGAAAUCAAUGGUUGAAGAAUGCUUGUUGGUUUUUGAUAAAAUGAUUCGGAAUGGUUUACUGCCUGAUGUUAAGAACUGUAAUAGGAUUCUCAGGGUUCUAAGAGAUGAUAAUCUUCUGAGUAAAGCUAAAAAUGUGUAUGGGAUGAUGGAACAGUUUGGGAUAAAGCCAACUGUUGUCACUUAUAAUACUAUGCUGGAUUCCUAUUGCAAGGAGGGGAGAGUAGAUCAAGCUUUAGAGCUUUUAUCAGAGAUGCAAGAGAGAGGGUGUUACCCAAAUGAUGUAACAUAUAAUGUGUUGGUCAAUGGGUUGUCGAAGAAAGGGGAGCUUGAACAAGCAAAGGGACUCAUUGAGGAGAUGUUGAACUCUGGGCUCAAUGUUUCAGCAUACACAUAUAAUCCGUUGAUCAAUGGUUUUUGCAAGAAAGGAUUGUUUGUUGAAGCUUUUGGUCUUGUGGAAGAAAUGAUGAAUAGAAGAGCUUUCCCUACUUUAUCAACUUAUAAUACUCUGAUGCACGGCCUUUGCAAGUGGGGGCAAGUGACUGAUGCUAGACUGCGGUUUUCUGAUAUGUUGAAUAGCAAGUGUACGCCUGACAUAGUUUCAUUCAAUAUCUUACUGCAUGGUUACUGUAGGACUGGGUGUAUAAGUGAGGCUUUUCUAUUGUUUGAUGAAUUGAAAUGCAGAGAUCUUGUUCCGACUGUGGUAACAUAUAAUACACUUAUAUAUGGUCUUUGCAUGUGGGGUUACUUGGAUGUUGCUUUGCGGUUGAAAAAGGAAAUGACUGAUCAAGGGUUAUUCCCUGAUAUCUUUACCUAUACUAUACUGGUUAAUGGUUGUUUCAAGUUGGGGCAUUCAUCAAUGGCCAGAGACUUCUUUAAUGAGAUGUUGUGCCAAGGGUUGAAGCCUGAUCGUUUUGCUUACAUUACUCGAAUAGUAGGAGAAAUGAAGAUUGGAGAUACAUCUGUAGCGUUUAGCAUGCGAGAAGAAAUGUUGGCAGCGGGUUUUCCUCCAGAUGUCGUCACAUACAAUGUUUUUGUGCAUGCACUUUGCCAACAGGGAAAUUUUGAAGAGGCAUGUGAUCUAUUAGAGAACAUGGUGCGUGAUGGUCUUGUUCCGGAUCAUGUCACGUACACUAGUAUCAUUAAUGGUUUCGUGAAAAAUGGGCACUUGAGGAAGGCUAGAGAGGUUUUCAAUGAAAUGCUCAGCAAGGGUGUAGCCCCUUCUGUAGUAACGUAUACAGUUCUCAUUCAUGCACAUGCAGCUAAGCAAAUGCUGGAUCUAGCGUUUAUGUACUUCUCGAAAAUGCUGGAGAAGAGUGUUCCAGCAAACGUGAUUACGUACAAUGCAAUAAUUAAUGGUCUUUGUAUGGCAAGGAGAAUGGACGAGGCUUAUAAAUAUUUUGAUGAGAUGGAAGAAAAAGGAAUUCUUCCAAAUAAAUUCAGUUAUACCAUAUUAAUAAAUGAGAGCUGCAAUAUGGAUUAUUGGGAGGAAGCUCUAAGAUUGUACAGGGAAAUGCUAGAUAGAAAUAUUCAGCCUGAUUCUUUUACACAUAGCGUGCUUCUGAAGAAUCUACAUAGGGAUUAUAAAGUUCAUGCAGUACAGUGUGUAGAGAGUCUGAUUCAAAAUGUCGAAGAUAAUGUUAAUGCCAGGUGAUGAUAAAGGAAAUGAUGGAUUCCAGGAAUCUCAAGUUAGAGACUAAUGUAUUUAGUUUAUAAUUAUCCUAUCGAGCGAUGGUUAACCUCUCAGAAUUUCAUUGAAGCAAUUACCCUCAAACAAUUCAUUAAGAUAGAAAUGCUAAUUGGUGGUUUGGAAGCUUUAUGGAUUGAGGAUGCGUUUCAUAAUUCCUUUGUUGAUCCCUUAUGGAUCCAAGAGACAGCUGAAAUCAGUUUCUAUUGGACAAAGACGUUGGAUCGUCCCACAAGAUAUUUUAUAUAGCAUCAGGAUGUACACUGUACAGUCUCUACUGAGAGAAAUGAAGUUCUUGGACAUGUUUCAAUGGAAACAAGCUACCAAGUCUGAUGCCUUCAUCAAUCACUUACUGGAUUAGCCGAUCAAAUUAUACACAUUCUUGUAGUCAUGUCGUUAAGACAUUGAAGGUUCUCUCCAUUGUAUUAAUGAUGCAGCAGGUUUUGUUUUGUUUUUUUCUUUAAAUACUGUUUUAACUUUUAUGGAGCAAAAAUGAAACAACUCAAGGGCAUACAAAAAAAUCAAGCCUACUAACCAAGAGAACCCCACUAAAGAAAAGGGUUCAAUUAUACAAAAGAGUGACAAAAGGUCUUUGAAAUUGAGGCACAAAGACAAUGAAUCUAACAAAAGGAUCAAACAUCACAAGGAUCACUCCAGUUUUCGACCGUAUUAUUCAUGUUUUACAGCUUGAAUUCUAGGAUCAGUCUUCAACAUUACGAGGAUCACUCUCCAGUCUUCAACAUCACGAGGAUCACUCUCCAGUCUUCAACAGUAUUCACAUAGAGAUUCGAGUUGUAACUUCACUCACAUAAAACUAUAUGCAAUGUAUGAACUCUAUUAUAUUCUGCCUAAGGCCUGGGUGGUGUUCUCUCUGAAGUAUGGGCAUUUCUGUCGAAAACUUCUGAUACCUUAGUUUUAGUCUUACAGCUUUAUCUCAGUUAUUUAAGAUUCAAGUCAAA